AUGCGCCACAAGUGGCCCACAGGAAUUGUUGUCUCACUGAACAGCCUGCAUUUCCCUGGAAACGACCCCAGCUACUUUGUAUGGGAAUAUGCUAGCAUGACUAAUGGGCCAGGCUUCAGGAAACGUCAGGAGAGAAGCCCCCGCUGUCCUAGGGCUUCAGGAAACGUCAGGAGAGAAGCCCCCGCUGUCCUAGGGCUUCAGGAAACGUCAGGAGAGAAGCCCCCCGCUGUCCUAGGGCUUCAGGAAACGUCAGGAGAGAAGCCCCCGCUGUCCCUAGGGCUUCAGGAAACGUCAGGAGAGAAGCCCCCCGCUGUCCUAGGGCUUCAGGAAACGUCAGGAGAGAAGCCCCCCCGCUGUCCUAGGGCUUCAGGAAACGUCAGGAGAGAAGCCCCCCGCUGUCCUAGGGCUUCAGGAAACGUCAGGAGAGAAGCCCCCGCUGUCCUAGGGCUUCAGGAAACGUCAGGAGAGAAGCCCCCCGCUGUCCUAGGGCUUCAGGAAACGUCAGGAGAGAAGCCCCCCGCUGUCCUAGGGCUUCAGGAAACGUCAGGAGAGAAGCCCCCCGCUGUCCUAGGGCUUCAGGAAACGUCAGGAGAGAAGCCCCCCGCUGUCCUAGGGCUUCAGGAAACGGCUUCAGGAAACGUCAGGAGAGAAGCCCCCGCUGUCCUAGGGCUUCAGGAAACGUCAGGAGAGAAGCCCCCCGCUGUCCUAGGGCUUCAGGAAACGUCAGGAGAGAAGCCCCCCCGCUGUCCUAGGGCUUCAGGAAACGUCAGGAGAGAAGCCCCCCGCUGUCCUAGGGCUUCAGGAAACGGCUUCAGGAAACGUCAGGAGAGAAGUCCCCCCGCUGUCCUAGGGCUUCAGGAAACGUCAGGAGAGAAGCCCCCCGCUGUCCUAGGGCUUCAGGAAACGUCAGGAGAGAAGCCCCCCCGCUGUCCUAGGGCUUCAGGAAACGUCAGGAGAGAAGCCCCCGCUGUCCUAGGGCUUCAGGAAACGUCAGGAGAGAAGCCCCCCGCUGUCCUAGGGCUUCAGGAAACGUCAGGAGAGAAGCCCCCCGCUGUCCUAGGGCUUCAGGAAACGUCAGGAGAGAAGCCCCCCGCUGUCCUAGGGCUUCAGGAAACGUCAGGAGAGAAGCCCCCGCUGUCCUAG